UAAAGUUAAUGCUAUAGAAGUUGCUGAGUAAUGAUUGAGCGAAAUCCUUAUCUUAUUCUGCAAUUUUUUUAACUGUCCUCUCUCCUGAGUAUGCCUUUGCUCUACCUUGAUUAGUAGGGAAAAUUCUAUCAUAGAUGAUGAUCUUUUGAUCUCUAGGAAAGUUUUGCUUUGAUUAGUAGGGAAAAUUCUAUCAUAGAUGAUGCUCUUUUGAUCUUUUGAUUAGGUGAAAUCCUCAUCUUAUUCUGCAAUUUUUCUUUUUACUGUCCUUGCUCAUGAGUAUGCCUUUCCUCUGCCUUGAUUAGUAGGGAACAUACAUCAUAGAUGAUGAUCUUUUGAUCUCCAGGAAAGUUUUGCUCUCGUGGUUGAUCAGAGCCUAUUUUGUAUCAGUUAAACUUACCUUUACCACCUUACAAUAAUUAUACCUACUUCUUUCUUGUGACAGACAGGUUGUCUGGAAUUCAAAGCGUUGGAACCAAAGAAGGGAUAUCAAGAUUGACUGGAGGGAACGAAUAUUUGCGGUCAAGACUUUGAUGCAUCACAUAGUUUCUUCUUCUUAAUUUGCUUCUCUUAUAAAAGUGAACACCCAUCAGAAGAAACGGCAAGAAAAAGCUGCCAGAAAUAGCGAAAUCCCCAUUAUUACUGCAAUUUGGCAUAUGCUAUUGUCUACUUUUCAUACUCUCAUGAAUUGGCAUAGCAAUCUUCUCCAUUUAAUUAUAUCAUCAGUUCUUUUCAGAGUGUGCAUUUCCACUGACCUGAUUACUAGAGAAGGCUCUAUGAGAGAUGGUGAUGUGUUGAUCUCCAGUGGUGGAGAUUUUGCUCUUGGCUUCUUUAGCCCCGGCAAUUCUAGCCAUAGGUACUUAGGGUUAUGGUAUAACAAAAUUCCCAUGAAAACGAUCGCGUGGGUCGCCAACCGGGACAACCCUGUCAAAGAUAAUUCAGGACAUCUUGUUAUCGACAAGCUGGGGAAUCUCAUACUCUACGACACAAAGAGAAGCAUCUCUGUUUGGGGUAGCAAUCUUUCAUUAUCUUCGGUGGCGAGUGACUGCGUAGCUCAACUUUUGGAUUCGGGUAAUCUUGUUCUGUUUCAGGAUGGCAAAAAGAGUUCAGUCCUUUGGCAGAGUUUCGACCAUCCGACCGAUACUUUGCUCCCCUCCAUGAAACUCGGGCUCAACCGCACCAGUGGCCUAAAUAGAAUCCUUACAUCUUGGAAGUCUCAGGAUGACCCUAGAACAGGAACGGCUUAUUUCAUGAUUGACCCCAGUGGUUUCCCGCACUUAACCUUGUACAAAAAUAAGGUUCCGUUGUGGCAACCAAGCCCCUACAACGGAGUCAGAUUGAAUGUGAUCCCGGCUGUAGGCGAGUCCUCAUAUUUCAACUUUAGCAUCAUAAUUGAUGCCGAUGAGGCCAUCUUAUUGUCAAAUGUUCUUAACUCGUCAAUCUAUGUGAGGGGAGUGGUUCAAGAGUCCGGAAUCGUGCAACUGUUCACGUGGGUCGAAAGAAAGAGCGAGUGGGUCACUUUUUUCACCAAACCAGAGGACCAAUGUGACUCCUAUGGGCAUUGUGGUGCCAAUGGAAACUGUCAUUCCGAUAGCAUGGACCAAAUUGAGUGCAACUGCCUGCCUGGGUUUACCCCUAAGUCCCCGAACGAUUGGAGCAUGAGAGACAGUUCAGGUGGGUGCAUCAGGAAGAAUCAAGAAUCAGUUUGCCGGAAUGGUGAAGGGUUCGUAAAAGUAGCCGACGUAAAAGUGCCAGACACUUCGGUCGCAUCUUUUGACAAGAAUAUGACUUUGAGGGAGUGCGAAAGUGUAUGCAUGAGGAAUUGUUCAUGCACGGCCUAUGCAGAUGCAGAUUUUACGAGAGGAGGAAGAGGAUGCUUGAUGUGGUAUGGAGACUUGAUGGAUACAAGACACAUCUCAGGUGGAGGACGAGACUUAUUCGUGCGCGUGGAUGCACUUGUAUUAGCUGAAUUUCAGAAGAAAGGAUUUCUUUCGAGGAAAAAGGUGUUAGCAACCUUGAUAGGGUUAGUUUCUGCUGCAGCCAUAAUCUCUCUUGCGGUAUCUAUUGUGCUCGUGAAGAAGACAAGAAAAGGUUCUGAGGUUGGAAAGGAGCUAGAUGGAACAACAAAAGAUCAAGAAUUACCUCUCUUAGAUAUCACCACUAUUAAAGCUGCCACAGACAAUUUCGCCUCAACGAACAAGCUUGGACAAGGAGGAUUCGGUCCAGUCUACAAGGGGCGGUUGGCCAGUGGACAGGACGUAGCUGUGAAGAGAUUAUCGAAGGGUUCAGGACAAGGGUGUCAAGAAUUCAAGAACGAAGUGAUGCUUAUAGCCAAACUCCAACACAGGAAUCUCGUGAGGCUUUUGGGCUGUUGUAUCAGUCUAGACGAGAGGAUGUUAAUCUACGAGUACUUGCCUAACAAAAGUUUGGAUUGCUUCAUUUUCAAUGAAGCAAAAAGGACAACCCUUGAUUGGAACCAACGUUUCAAAAUUAUUCUUGGAAUUGCCCGAGGAGUUUUAUAUCUUCACCAGGAUUCAAGACAUAGAAUCAUACAUCGAGACCUCAAAGCGAGCAAUGUCCUACUUGAUGCCGCAAUGAAUCCAAAAAUUUCUGAUUUUGGGAUGGCUAAGAUGUUUGGAGAAGACCAGAUCCAAGCAAAUACAAACAGGGUGGUCGGAACAUACUUUGGUGUCAUAUUACUAGAAAUAGUCAGUGGCAAGAGGAACGCUGAUUUCUACAAUGACAGUGCAUGUCUGAAUCUCAUUGCACAUGUUUGGAACUUAUGGAAAGAAGGAAAAUCCUCCGACAUAUUUGAUUCAUUGAUGGCCCAACCCUAUAACUCUCGUCAGGUUUCAAGAAGCAUCCAAAUCGGCUUACUGUGCGUACAAGAACGUGCGGCAGUCCGGCCAACCAUGAUGGACAUUGUCUUAAUGUUGGGUAAUGAGGCAGCUCUUGCCUCUCCUGAUAAGCCUGCAUUCAUUUUGAAAGGAAGCGGCAACGUUCUUGACCUUCCACCCAUUGCUGGAGCUUCUGCGAACGAGUCAGAUAAAGGCCACAAAAAGCUCGAACUACCUUUAACAAAAGGGUCCCUAUACUGAACCGACAGAGGUUCCCAUGUAGCCAAGAAAAAAAUACUAGGAAUGCUCAUCAGAUGCUAAGAAGUUGCCAGGUCACUAUUGUAACUUCUGCUAAAAAGGAGUUCAACUAUUCUAGGCAACAAGAGGAGUCAACUACUUGUGUCAACAGAUUAGACAUUAGUGAUGGGGGAUGCGGGUGAUGAAAGGUUCAAAUGAAUGUGAUAAUUUGUUCGGAUUUAGUGCUUGUUUGAACAA